AUGAUUGGAGAGGGAAAGGCGGGAAGGCGGCUUGGUCUGAUGGUCUUGUCAUCUAUGAUCCCCGGUUCAUCCCAGCUUCCACCUCAACUCGACAUUCAGGCGAGCGGGGAGUGGGCACAUCGGCGUGGUAGGCCUGUCCUUUCACCUCUUUUACUUUGCCUCAUCCUCGCAUUUCCUGGGAAUGCAGCGGCGGGAGCGCUGAGAACGAACGAAACAGGAGCAGGGCCAGCUGAGGAAGAGAGCCAUAGAAACCGCACAACGUUAGUCGGCGCUUGUCACUGCGGUUGCCGCACCGCUCUUGGUGUUGCUGGGGAUUGUGUCAUCCUUGCUUUGAUGUGCAGUCGUCGUAAGCUCGAGUGGAGACCGUCAUCUGAAUGGGGGUUCUAUGGGCUUGCGAAGUGCGCGUGUGUGGCUCAGGCUUUUUUUUGGUUUGGUUUUCUGGGACCAUGGUCCUAUCCUUUUCUCGGUCCGCCCCCUUGGACGGCGGGGAUCAAGGCAAUAAGUCUAUUUCCAUCUAUAAUAAUUCUUAGCAGUCAACACUUAAGAAUUAGAGACUAUCGAUAG